CUAUAUAACAGCCCCGUAAUAGUGGCCUGCUCCAGUCUUCUCCUCUGUACCAUGAGGACUUUACGAGUCCUGACACUUCUUUCGGCAGCAGUCCUGCUUUGCAGCGCUGCCCCAGGUUUGGCGCCACUAACAUGCAGUGAAGGUAACGGUCCGGCGGCAGCAGACAAGGCAGUGCAUCACAUCAAUGAGUAUCACGACCAUGGCUACAAAUUCAGACUGCAUGAAGUUCAAGGAAACAGUGUGGAACAGGUUGAUGGUGGAUGUAAUGUAAAGUUGCAGCUGGAUCUUCGGGAGACAAAAUGCCACACUACCAACCCGAAACCCUUUGAGGACUGUGAACUACGUGAAGAGACAGAGCGGGCAGUGAAGGCCAACUGCACUGUGUUGAUGACUAUAAAAGAUGGUGAUGCCACCAUAACCAAAUAUGAAUGUGACACACGACAAGUAAAUACUAACUCGGAGAUGGUACGCAUCUGCCCUGACUGUCCCGUGCUGCUGCCUCUCAACGACUCUGAAGGUCUCAAGUCUGUUCAUGAAGCAACAACAGAAUUCAACAAGAACACCAGUAACCAGCACUACUACAUCUUGAAGGAAGUGGGACGGAUAUCAUCUGGGUAUAUAAUGACAUCUGGAAUGAACUACUAUGCUGAGUUUGCCCUUGUGGAGACUCGUUGCCCAGUGGGCUCUAGAAUCGUAAUUGAGGCAUGCACUCCGCUCUGUCCUGACAGAGCUCGUCAUGCUUUCUGCAAGUCAUCUUACUCCAGUGAAAAUGGACUCCUGUCCAAUGACUGUGAUUUCUAUCCUGCAGAGAACACUACUGCCCUUGGGCCUGGUGAGAAGGAGCCUGACUGUAGACAUCAUGGAAGACACCGUCCACAUGGUCAUGGUCACCAUCACCAUCAUAAUGGAAGUGGAGGACGCCCUCCACAUGCUCACGACCAUGGUCAUGGCCCUCCUCCUCCUGGUGGCAAAGGACGACACCCUCCACACGAUCAUGAACAUGGUCAUGGCCCUCCUCCUCCUGGUGGCAAAGGAGGACGCCCUCCUCAUAGUCAUGGUGGCCCCCCUCCACAUGCUCACGACCAUGGUCAUGGCCCCCCUCCACAUGCUCACGACCAUGGUCAUGGCCCUCCUCCCCAUGCUGGCAAAGGAGGACGCCCUCCUCAUAGUCAUGGUGGCCCCCCUCCACAUGCUCACGACCAUGGUCAUGGCCCCCCUCCACAUGAUCAUGAACAUGGUCAUGGCCCUCCUCCUCCUGGUGGCAAGGGUAAAGGGUCAUUUCAUCCCCUACGGCGCUUUCAUCCAUGUCACAGAUUCCUAGUCAAUCCUGACCCAGCUCUCCACCCUAUUUGCCCCUGGCCUCUUCCUCACCGCACACACAACUAAUCCAGAAUUAGCCGAGCAUUGCCAAAUAAAGAACAUGGUUGUUUUGCGUACAAUGUGCCAAAAUAUAGUGCAUACAAAAUAAACCAUCUAGGUGUUGAUUACUUGAAA